AUGCAAGAUAGUUAUAGGAACCAUAUAAGAGAAUAUAAUAAAGAUAGUCUAGAUAGUGAUAAAAGAAAAAUGAAUAAUGUUACAAAUGAAUUAGAAAUAAAUGGUGUGAAUGAAAUAAGUAUGGAAGAUAAUAUAUUAAAUGAAGUUGUAAAGUUAAAAAGUGAUUUAGAAAAAGCGUUAAUAGAAAAUAAAGAAUUAAAAAAUAAAUGUAAUGAAGAUCGAGAACGAUUAGAUUUGUUGUCAUUAAAAAAUAAUUCUCUUUUAAAUGAAUUAUGUGAAGAAAAGGAGAUGUUAAAAAUAGAAUAUAAUAAUUAUAAAAUGGAAUCUGUAAAAGAUAUUAAAAGACUACAAGAUGAAUUAGAUAAAAAUGUAAUUAUGUUAAACUGUUUAAAAGAUGAAAUAUUAUUUAAAGAAGAAGAAUUAAGAAAAGCAGAAAUUAUUGAAAGACUUUAUAAACAAGAAAGUGAAUUAAAUGAAGAAAAAGAUAUGAAAAUAAAAAAGCUAGAAAAUUUAUUAAAUCAAGAAAUAUAUUUAAAAAAUGAUAAGGAAGAAAAAGAUAAAAUUAAUCAAGAAGAAAUAAACGAAAAAUUACAAUUACUUAAUAAUGAUUUAGAUAAAAAAAAUGAAGAAUUAAAUAUUUUAAAUAAAAAAUAUGAUAAUUUGAAAAAAACAAAUAUUGAUAUACAAAAGAAAAUAUGUUUCUUAAAAGAAGAAAUUGAUUAUUAUAAAAAUAAUGAAAAUAGUUUUAUUAUGCAGAAUAUAUUUAAUGCAGAAAAUAAUUUAGAUGAUAAUAUUUGUAAAAAGAAUUUUAUGAAAAUAUCUGUCUUAUAUAAUGUAUUAUUUAAAAUUGUUGUAUAUGAUCAAAGAAAUUUAUUUGAAAAAGAAAAAAUUCUUUAUUCUUUAGAAAAAGAAAAUACACAUUUUUUAAAAAAAAUUGUAGCAGAUGAAAUUUAUUGUUUAUAUUUAAAAGAUUGUAUUAGUAAAAUUAAUUUAACAUAUCAAAUAGAUUUACAUAAACAAGAAAAGAAAUAUAUGUUAUUAAAUUCAGAAUAUGAUGAUCUUUAUAAUAAAUUCAUAGAAGAAAAAAAAGAAAAUUUAUUAUUAAAUGAAACAUAUGAUAAAAUUAUUUUUAAUCAAAAGAAUGAAAUCAAUAAAUUGAAAAGUCAUAUUUCUAUUCAAAAUAAAGAUAAAGAAAUAUUAACAAAAUAUAUUGAUAAUUACAUAACAUAUAUUGAAGAUUCAUAUCAAAAAUAUUGUAUUCUGAAUAAGGAAUAUAAAGAUUUAGAAGAAAUGUUUUAUGACCUUGAAGAAAAAAAUAAAAAUUUAAUUAUAUUAGUUAAUCGAAUGGAAGAUAAGUAUCUAAUCGAAAAUAAUAACAAUAAUAAUAAUAAUAAUGAUGAUAAUAAUAAUAUUAAUGAGUUACAUAUGGAUAAUAUAAAAAUAAUGAAAAAUAAUUUAAAAGAUAAAGAUAUUAAAAUAUUUGAAUUGGAAAAUAAAAAUUUAGAAUUAAUCAAAACUAUUGAUAAAUUAAAUGAUGAUAUUUUAAAAAAAAAUACGAAUAAAGAAUACAUAGAAAAUGAAUCACGUAAAAUGAAGGAUUUAUGUUUCGAUUUAAAAGAUAUUUGUUCUAAAUUAGAAUUAGAAAUUAAAGAAAAAAAUAUUAUUAUAGAUGACUUAACAGAUAAAUUAAAUCAAUCUGAGAAAAAAAAUAAAGACAAUCAAGUUAUAUUAGAAUUAUCUGAAUUUAGAAUACAAAAUUUUAAUGAUAAUGUAAAAUAUUUUACUAGUAAAGUUAAUGAAUUAAAUGAAAAAUUAACGAAUAAAGAUGAAGAAAUAACACGUUUACAUGAUUAUAAUGAAAAAAUAAAUCAAGAGAAGGAAAAUUUAUUUUAUGAAAAUGUUCAUAUUUUAGAACAACUAAAAGAAUUACAGAAAGAAAAUGAAAAAUUGAGAAAACAAAAUGUUAUUAUAAAGAAUGAAUUAAAUAAAAAUGGUAUUCAGUUGAAUGAAGAUAUAUAUAUGGAUAAGAUAAUGUGUGAAGGAGAUUAUCAGAAUAGGAUAGACAAUAUGAUAAAUCAUAUUCCUAAAGAACAAAAUGAUACAAAUAAUACAAAUGAUACAAAUGAUACAAAUAAUAAUAAUAAUAAUAAUAAUAAUAAUAAUAAUUUAAAUUUAUUGAUGAAUAGUAGGUCCUUUCAAUAUCAUAAAUCAAGAAACUAUACAGACGAUGAUAAAAACGAUUUAAUCUUAAAAAUCGAUAAAUUAACAGAUGAAAAUAUUUUAUUAAUUAAAGAAAAUGAAGAAGUAUUUGAUAAAUUACAAAUAGUGUCUAAUGAAAAUAUUAAAAUAAAAAAUGAAUUAAUGCAUACCAAAUCAGAUGCAGAAAAACAUUUGUUCCAUUUAGAAUGUGAAAAAAAAGAAAAAUUAAAAUAUAAAAUGUUAUCAAGACAAAGGAAAAGACAAUCAUCACAUAUGAAAAGAAAAUUCCAUACAAUGAUGGAAACAGUUAAAGAUUUAGUUUCUGAUAUUAAACAAAUAGAUAAAGAAACUAAAAGAAAUGAUAUGAAUAAUUCUUUUUUUGUUUCCUCUUCUUCUGGUUCGUCCUAUGAAAGAUUAAAUCAAUCCAAUGAUGAUUUAUUAUCUGCUAACGAAAAUAGUAAUACUCAAUUAAUGUUAUCAUCAGUUGGAAAAUCUAGAAAAAGUAUGAAUAAUACAAGUAUAGAUGGAAAACAUAGUUUUUAUAGCAAAUCGACUAAAGUGUUAAGAUUAUCAGAAGAUAUGAAUGAUUUCAAUAUAUUCUAUGUUGACAAAAUGAAAAAGAACAAAAAGCAAAAUAAUAUUCCUCAUACUUUUACUACAAAUGAAAAGAAGGGAAAAAUAUUAUCUGAUCAUAUUAAAAGUAAAAACAUGAAUACAAAAGUAGGCAAGAGUAAAAAAAAUAUAUAUAUGAAAAUACGUAUGCACCGAUUUUCUAUAUGUAGCAAUUUUAGAAUUAAUUUAAAAAAAUAUAAGCAUGCAUAUAAAGAGUUAAGUAAUACUUUAUGCUUUUUAAAUCAAAAGAAAAAUGAUAAUUUAAAUAUGAUAAAUAAUAUGUAUUCGAAGAAUGCUAAAGGUUUAGAUACUUUUUAUUCAUUACCUAAUAGUACUGAUUCGAAAAUAAUUAUGGAUGACGAAUUAAAUGAGAAGAAUGAGGAGUAUAAUAAACGUGUAAAAUUAGAAAAAAAACGAAGAAGAAAUAUGAAAAAUAUGAAUAAUUUAAAUAAUUUAAAUAAUUUAAAUAAUGAUGUUUUAAUAUUCGAAUCGGAAAAAAUUAUAAACGAUCUUAAUUAUAUUAAAAGAAAAUAUGAUUCAAAAGUUAAAGAAACAGUAAACAUGCAGAAAAAAUUAAUUAAUAAUGAAAAGGAAUUAAAUAAUACUAAUAUUAAAUAUGAAAAUUUAUUAAAUGAACAUGAUACGUUGAUAUCUGAUAUAAAAGAAAGAAGUGAGAAACUUUCGAAUAUAGAAAAAAAUUAUAAUUUGUUAUUCGAAAAAUAUAGUGAAACACAAGAUGAAAUAAAAAUGCAUGAACAAAAGACACAUGAAAUUUUUAAUGAGUGUAAUGAUUUAGUAGAAUAUAUGAAAAAGAAAGAAAAUAAAAUUAAAGAAGUUGAUGAGAAUCUUAAAAAAAUUGAAAUAAAAUAUCAAGAAGAAAAAGAGAAAAAUGAUAUAUUAACUAAAGAUAAUAUUUCAUUAAAUAAUUUAACUUGUAAAUAUAAAGAAGAUAUAGAAUUAUAUAAUAAGAAAUUAGAAAAUAUGCAUACUGAAUUAAAAUUAAGAUUAAGUAGAAUUGAAGAAUUAGAAUUAAAUCAGAAAAAUACAGAAAAUGAAAUGUAUUAUUUAAAAUCAGCUACAUAUAAAUAUGAUAUCAAUUUAAAAGAAGCACAUGAUGAAUUAAAUCGAACUAGUGAACAUACUAUGAAAUUAGAAAAGAAAUUAAAAGAAUGUGAAUUAAGUAUUGAUGUUUUUAAAGAACAAAUUAUUAAUAGAGAUUAUAUUUUAUAUUUUAUAAAUGAUUCUUAUAAAAAGAAAGAAUAUUUUUUUAAGCAUUUAAAAAGAAGAAUACAAGGAUUUAAUAAAGCUUUCAUAGAAUUAUUUGAAAAUAUAGAAAUGAAAGAUAUAAACAAAUUUAAUGAAUUACACCAACAUUUGGAGUUUAAUGAUAAUGAAUAUAAAAAAAAUGUUUUGUCUUUUCAAUUGAAUAAAAAUGACAAUGAUAUAAAUAAUCACCACAACAAUAAUAAUAAUAUAAAUUACCAUAAUAAUUACCAUAACAAUUACCAAAAUAAUUAUCAUAAUAAUUAUCAUAAUAACAAUUUAGAUGAUGUUAUGAAAAGCUUAGAUACCAUUGAUGAAUUAAAUAUAAAAUACGAAGAAGAAAAAAAUGAAAUGCUAAAUAGAAUUAAUGAAGUAGAAAAUAAAUUAAAAAUAAAAAUGAAUGAAAAUAAUUUAUUAUAUGAGAAAUAUGAAAAUAAUAUGAAAGAUAUAUUAAUAGAAAGGGAUGAAAGAGUUUCUGAUUGUUUAAUUUUAUCUGAAGAUGUGAAAAAAAAGAAUAAUGAAAUUAAUAUAUUAAUGAAAGAAUUAGAUGAGAAGAAUUUUGAAUGUAAUGAAAUACAUAUGAAAUGUACCUUUCUAAUAAAUGAAGUAAAAAAUUUAGAAAAAUCAAAAUCUCAUUUAAAUGAUAAAUUAAAAGAUAUAGAAAUACAUCAAGAAGAACAAAUUGAAUAUUUAAAAAAAGAAAAUAAUUAUUUAAAAGAAGAUAUAUAUAAUAUAAAAAAUGUGAUACAUAAUUUAGAUGAAGAAAUUAUAAAAUUAAAAGAAACAAUACAUGAUUUAAAUGAUGAAAAAAGUUGUUAUGAAAAUGAGAUAGAAAAAUUAAGAGACAUGUUAGAAGAAGAAAAGAAAUUUAAUGAUAUGUUAAAAGAAAAUGAACAAAAUUUUAUAAAAGAAAUAAAAGAAGCACAUUUAUAUGCUAUUAAAAAAGAAGAAGAAAUUAAUUCAUUCAAAUUAAAUUAUGAAUUGGAUGAGAAAAAAUACAUUGAUGAAAUUGAUAAAUUAAAAAAGAAAAAUGAAGAAUUUAAUAAUUCUAUAAAAAAUCAAAGAAAACUUGUAUCUGAUUUAGAAACAAAAAUGUUAGAAUAUAAUGUCUUAUUAGAUAAAAAUACAAGUAUGAAAAUGUUAGUACAAGAUUUAGAAAAUAAAAUUGAUGAUUUGAUUAAAGAUAAUGAAAAGUUAUGUAUUGAUUUAAAAAAAGAAAAAUUAAUAAGUGAUGAAAAAGAAAAAAGUAUAUUAACAUUAAAUGAAGAUAUUAAAUUGUGUGAACAUAAAAUUAUGGAACAUGAUACUAUUAUGUUAAAAUUAAAAGAUGAAAAAGAAAAACUGAAUCAAGAAAUCCUAAUAUUAAAUGAUAUAAAAAAAAACAAAGAUCAUAUUAUUGAAGAAUUAGAAAAUAAUUUAAGAAAAGCUGUAUUUGGUGAUAUUAAAAUUAAUGAAUUAGAAAAAACGAAAUUAGAACAUAAAAUUUUUACAGAACAAGAUUUAGGUUUUUAUAAUAAUGAUCAUAAUAUAAAUGAUUUAUAUAAUUCUAAAAUAUGUAUAUUUAAUAAUAGUUAUAAUACAAAAAAUAAUAAAAUGAAUAUUGAUGAAUUAAAAAAAUAUAGUUUAUAUUUGAAAGAAGAAAAUGAUUUAAUAAAACAUGAAUUAAGAAAAUUAAAAGACAAAUAUAGUAUUGAUGAACAAAAAUAUAAAGAAAUUGAAAGAAGUGUUGAAAAAAGAGAUGAAAUAAUUCAUAAAAUGAAUAAUGAAAUACUUAUGUCUAAUGAUAAAAUAAAAAAUUUAGAAAAAGGUACCAAACAACUUAAUUCUGAAUUAUAUGCUAUAAAUGAAUUAUUAGCUAUUAGAAGUGAUGAAUGUAAAGAAUUAUCUAAUGAAUUAUAUGAAUUAACAGAUGAAAAAAAUAAAUUAAUUAUACAAAAUGAAGUUUAUCAAAAACAAAUUGAAUAUUUUAAACAACAAAUAGAUGAUAAAACACAAUUAUUAAAUGAUUUAGAUAUGAUAAAGUUACAACAUGAAAAUAAUGAAUAUGAUAAAAAUGUUUUAAUAAAUAAAUAUAAUAAAGCUUUAAAUAGAUAUUAUAAAAUUUGUUCUAAUGUUAUAUAUUAUAAGAAAUAUUUAGAAAAAGAGUUGAGUUCCAAAAAUAAUGAAACAAAUGAGAAUGAUGAUAUAUCAUCUUUGAAUAAUUCAUUGAAUAAUGAAAAUAAUAAUAAACUGACAAUGUUUACUCUAAAAAAUAAUAUGAAAAAUAUGAAUGACAUAAACAAUAUGGUCAACAUGGACAAUAUGAACAAUAUGAACAAUAUGAAUAGUAGUGAUAAUUCUAUUAUAUCUAUAGACAGAAUGUGUAACUUAAAUGAUAUAAAUAAAGUAACUGAAUAUGUAAACGAAUUUUUGAAAUGUGUUCGAUUAUUAAUAUUUAAGAAAAGAGUAUUUGAAUCCAAAUUGGAAAAUGCUGAAAGGAAAUAUAAUAGUUUUAAAGAUAAAUUAAAAGAAGAAAAAGAUGUAAUAAAUGAUUUAAAAAAAAAAUUAAGACAAAGUCAAGAAUAUCUCACACAUAAUAAUAAUAGUAAUAAUAAUAAUAAUAUGGAGGAACGAAAUUAUUAUGAUAAUAAAAAGGACAACAAUUUUGAUGAUAAUAAUAAUAAUUUCUCUAUGAAUUACAAAGAUUUAAGUUCACAGAUAUUAUUAAAAGUAACAGGUAAAAAUGAUAUGAUUGAAGAAAAUAAUUAUAUGAUUUUGAAAUAUGAAAAUGAGAAAUUAAUAGAAGAAAAUAAAUAUUUAAAUGAACAAAUAAAUAAUUUAUUUACAUUACAAAGUAGUUUUAAUAAAUUAAAUAAAAUAAAGGAAUCUGACCAGAAAGGAAUUAUUAGAAAUAAUAAUAAUGAUGAUAAUAUUAAUAAUAAUGAUAUUAUUAAUUAUAAUGAUAAUCGUUUUAAUAAUAGCGCUGCUGAAUAUACAUAUCUGAAAUUUCAAGAAAAUACUAUAAGGAACGAAUUAAAUAUAUAUAAAAAUCAAAAUGAAUAUUUAAAGAAAAAAGCACAAAAUUAUGAAGAUAUUAUAAAUAAUUUACAAAAAGAAAUAAUUAAUAUUAUAGAUAAACAAAAAGAAUGCGAUGAAGAAGUAUAUAAAAUGGAAAAGGAAUUAGAAAAGAAAAAUCAACAUAUUGACAAUUUAGUAAAGGAAAGACAAAAAGAUCAAGAAAAUUUAGAAAUAGAAUAUUCUAAAGCUAUCAGAUUAGAAAAUGAAUUUUUAUCAUUAAAUGAAGAUAUAUUUAAAAAAGAUGAACACAUUAAAGAAUAUGAAGAAUUAGUUAACAAAUUAAAUGAAGAUAUUAAAAUUUAUAUGAAGGAAAAAGACGAAUUAAAAGAAUAUGCUGAAGAUUUUAAAAAUAAAUAUGAAUUAUUUGAAAAGAAAUAUAAUAAUUUAUUACACGAUGUUAUUCAAAAUGAGAAUAUAAAUGAAAAUAUAAAUGAAAAUAUAAAUGAAAAUAUAAGUGAAAAUAUAAAUAACAAUAUAAAUGACAAUAUAAAUAACAAUAUAAAUAAAAAAAGAUAUUCGUUAUCUUCGAAUGAAAAGAAAGAAACACAAAGUUUAAUUAAUAAAUUGAAAAAUUAUGAUGUGAUGAUAACAGAUUUAAUGAAUGAAAAAGAUAUGCUAUUAAAUAAAUAUAAUGAAUUAAAAAAUAUAUAUGAAGAGAAAUUAAAUGUGGAACAUGUGUUACAUAAUGAAAUAAAUGAAUUAAAGAAAGAAAAUGAAUACUUAAAUGAUAGAAAAACAUCUUUAAAUAAACAAGUUGAUGAUUUAAUUAAAGAAAAUGAUGAAUAUAAUAAAAAAUGUAUUCAUUUAGAUAAAGAAAAUGUAGAUUUAUAUAAGAAAUUUGUUAAAGCAUCUGAGCAAUUAAAUAAUAUAAAUUCUUUAGAUGCAUAUGGCAAUAAUAAAAUGGGAGAAAUGAAAAAAUCUAGUAAUAUAAGAAAUACAUUGAAAGAAAAUGAGUUAAAGGAAAAAGGAAGUGGAACAGGAAGAAUAUCAAAUCAUACAAAUAAAUAUGAUAAAAGUGUAUCAAGUCAUAAUGUAGUUAAUAUGAAUAAUAUGAGUGUGAAAUCAUUAGAAGAUUAUGAUGAUGAUAUUAUGAAAAGAAUGAAAAAUGAUAUGAACGAUUUAAGCAUUGAAAAUGAUUUAUUAAAAGUAAAGAUUAAGGAACUAGAAGAGUUAAAUAGUAAUAUAUUUAAUGAUAAUAAAGAUUUAAUAAAUAUUAUAUCAAAUAGAGAAAAUGAUAAAAAAGGUAUUUCUGAUUGUAAGGAAGAUAAUAUUAAUAUAUUAGACAUGCAAGAUAUACAUAAUAAUUAUGAAAAUUUAUUAAUAGAAAAUAAAUUAGAAAAACAAGUAAAUGAGAAUUUGAAAUUAGAAAUAUAUAAUCUUAAAAAUAAAGUUAAUGAAUAUAAUAUGAUAAUUAAUAAGAAUUCUCAUUAUGAAGAAAGUAAUAAAAGAACAAAGAAUUAUUUAUAUUAUUUAAAUGAUAAAAUAAAAAGUUUUAUUAAAAUAUUUAGUACAAAUAAUAUGAAUUAUGAUCAUUUGAAAUCUGAAUUAAAGAAAAUCAAAUUAAAUAAUUUAAUGAUUAUUCAAGAUAAUUUCAAUACCUUGAAUGAUAGUGCUAGUAGUAGUAAAUUAUCUAAAAAGAAUAUUCAUUCUUCUAGUAAUUAUUCUUUAGAAGAUGAUGAUAAUAGUAGUGUAUGCUCAAAAAUGAUUGUAAAUUUUUUUACAUUAUAUAAAGAAGGAACAAUUGAAAAUUAUGAUAACAAAAAAAUGUAUGAUAAUUAUAAUAAUGAUAUUGUAAUUAAAAAAAUUGAAUUACAAAAUGUGUAUAAAUAUAUAAUUAAAUUAAAAGAAAAUUACAUUAAAAAAUGUGUACUUGUAGAUAAUCAAAACAUUAUGAUUCAAGAAUUAAAUAAACAAAUCUUUACUUAUUCAGAGCAGAAUAAAAAAUAUCAUGAUGAACAAAAUGAAUGGAAAAACAAAGUAAAUGAUAUAAUAAAUGAGAAUGUAAAAAAAAUGGAAUCCUUUUCAAAAAUACAUAAUAAUUUAUUAAAUAAACUUGAAGAAGAAAUAAAUAAAAAUAAUAAAUUAUCAAAUGAAUUAUAUAUUCAAAAUGAACAAAAUAAAUUAUAUCAAGAAAAUGAAAUGAAAAUUGAAAAUGCAUUAAACAGAAGUAAUCAAAUAAAUAAUAUUGAUAAAGAAUCAAAUAGUAAUUUUAAAAAAAUAUCUAUAUUAUUAGAUGAAUAUAAAGAAAUUAUUGAAACUAAUUCAAAAUUAUUAAUAAGAAAUAAUAAUAUCUUGUUAGAAAAUAAUACAUUAAAAGAUGUUAUUGGCAAAAUGGAUAAGGAUAUAAAUAAAUUAAAUCAUCAAUUAAAAGAAAAAAAUAUUUUAAUUGAAAAAGCAAAAAUUAAUAUAAAUACAAAGGAAUUCAAAAAUAAAUAUACAAGUUUAAAUGAUAACCAAGCAAAUAAUCUAAAUAAUAUGAAUCAUAGUUUAAAAGAUAGAAAUGAGGAAAACACCACAACAAGUAUCUUAAAUGAUAACAAAAAAUAUGGAAGUAGUGAACAACUUAUAAAUGAAUAUGAAGAAAUCAUUUUAAUUAUUGAGAAAAAAAAUAAUGAAUUAGAAAAUAAUUGUCAAAAUUUUAAAAAAUCAAAUUAUCAACUAUAUAAUAAGUAUAAUAAAUUAGUAUAUGAAUAUAAUUCAUUAAAAAAAUUUAUAAAGGAUAAGAUAAAAAAUAAUGGAUAUAUAGAUAUUGAUUUAAGUCAAUUUGAGCAACAUAUUAAAAAAGACAUAAAUGAAAAAUUUGGAGAGACAAAUGAUUGUCAAAAUGAAUUAAGCAAUAUAAAUAAGGAUGUAAUUUUUUCAUCACUUAUAAAAUUUAAUCGUUAUGAUAUAAUGAAAAUAUCUGAUCAUGUGAAUGCUAUAGAACUAUUAAAUGAUGAUAUGUUGAAUAAUAAGGAAUUAAACCUAUAUAUUGGUUUAAUCAAAAGGGAUAUUGAAAAUAUGUUAAAUGAUUAUAAAUAUAAAAAUGAUGUGAAUGACAAUAAUUAUCAAAAUGAUGUGAAUGACAAUAAUUAUCAAAAUGAUGUGAAUGAUUAUAACCGUCGUGGGGGUCAUAUUCCUUAUGAGGAUAAUAAAAUUUCAAAAAUAAAUAAAGAUGAAUUAAUAGAAAAAUUAAAAGAAAAAGAUUCAGAAAUUAAAGAAUAUGAAAAGAAACUUGAUAAUAUGAAUAUAUACGUCAAUAAAAAAGAAAGAGAAAUUGAGAAAUUAAAAGAAUUAUAUGGUGAUCAAUUGUCUAUUAAUAAAAAUUCAUAUAUAAGUAAUUCAAAUAAUAGUAUGAACAAAAGAAAUAGUAGUAACAUGUCAGAGAAACAUUUAGAAAUAAAAGAAGAGUAUAAAGAAUUAUUAAACGAAUACAAAUUUUCUUUGAACUUAUUAAAUGACACCAAAAAUAAGUUAGACACACUGAAAAGAGAAAAGAAGGAUAUGGAAAAAUUAAAGGAAUUAGAAAUUCAUGAUAAAGAUAAUAUUAUAGAAAAUUUAAAAGGAUUAAACAGGGAAUUAGAAAAUAAUAUAAAUGAAAUAAAAAAAUCAUUCAAUGAAAAAAUAUUAGAAAAAGAAAAUAUUAUUGAAAAGAAUAAUGAUUUGUUAAAUGAUUUAAAUGAAGAAAUUAAUAUUUUGAAUUCUAAUAAAAUACAAAAUAAUAAUUUUAUUAAAGAAUUGGAAUUACAAAUAAGGAAUUUAAAUAAUGAAAUUAAUACAUUAAACGAUAUGCUAAAAGAUUCAAAAGAAGAAAUUAUGAUUCUUAAUCAUACCUUAGAAGAAAAACAAAAAGAAUGUGUAGAAUUACGUAAUAAAUUAGAACAAAAUUAUUUACACAUAUCAAAUGAAGAUAAAUAUGAUAAAUCAUCAGGAACAUAUAAUAGUGAUGAUAUAAAUGAAACUCGCAUGAGACAUGAAAACGAAAUUGAUGAUUUAAAAAGAAAAAAUUUAUUACAAAGUAAUGAGCAUUAUAAAAAAAUGAAUGAAUUAAGAAGAGAUUUAAACAAUUCUUUUUCAAGUUAUAACAAACUAAAAUUUGAUAGUGAAAAAAAAAUUGAAGAUUUUAAAGAAGAGGCAAAUAAUUUAAAAUAUUAUAUUAAAAAAAUCGAAGAAGAAAAUAAAAAAAAAGAAGAAAAACAUGCCUUAAUAGAAGUAGCGAUACAAGAAAUGGAUAAAGAAAUAAAUAUAUUAAAAACUCAACUUGAAGAAAAAAAUGAAAUUAUAAAUGAUAUACAAAAUAAUAUGGAAGAAAAAAAGAAAACUCUUGAAUAUUUAGAAGAAGAUAUUAAAUCUGUGCAACAUAUUAUAAUGAAAUAUAUACAAAAAUUAAAUUCUCUUAAAGAUAUCGAACAAUUAAUUGAUGAAUUAAAUGAUAACGAAUUAAAAACAAAUGAAUAUUUUUCAUUUAUAAAAGAUAUUUUUAUAAGUAUUCAUCAAAAUUAUAUGAAAGAAGAAUUAAAGAGAAAAGAGGAAAUGAUCAUAAAUGGACAAGGUUUAAUUAAAGAAAAUGAAGUAAUACAAUUAGAAGAAAAAUUAAAAGAAUUGAUAAUAGAGAAAAAUAGAUAUGAUAAAGAUAUUAAAGAUCAAAAAGAGGAAUUACAUCAUUUACUUGAUAAAAAGGAUUCGUAUGAAGAGGAAUUAAAUCAUAUUAUAAACGAAUUAGAAAUAAAAAGACAAGAAAUUAAUCAAAUGAAUAAUAAAUUGAAUGAAUUAAAAAAUAUUCAAAAUGAUAAUAAACGUAAAGUGGAAGAUAUAAAAACUAAAGAAGGAGAUUUAAAAUAUAAAGAAGAAGAAUUAAAAUAUCGAGAAGAUAAUUUAAAACAUAAAGAAGAAGAAUUAUUAAUUAAAAAUGAAAAUUAUAUGAAUAAAGAAAAAGAUCUUAUGAAAAGUAAAGAAGAAUUAAUUGUUCGAGAAAAUGAUUUAAUAAAAAAUAAAGAAGAGUUAAUAGAUAAAACAAAUGAAUUAAUGUUAAAAAGAGAAGAAUUACAAAAGGAUAAAAUACAUAUUGAUGAAUUAAAAAAUGAUUUAAUGGUAAAAUUUGAGAAAUUAUAUAAUGCACAAAAUGAUAUUAAAGUUAAAGAAACGAAAUUAAAAAAAAUAUAUGAAAAAUUAAAAGAUCAUAAUAUUAUUGAAUUGUUUGAUAUAAAUAAUAGGGAUAACAACAAUAAUAUAAGAGACCAUACUGAAAAUAUAAAUAAUAUAAAUAAUAUAAAUAGUGAUAUAAAUAAUAAUGAUAUAAAUAAUAAUGAUAUAAAUAAUAAUAAUAAUAAUACACAUAAUGUUAACAAUCGUUUAUCAUUAAAAAGGUUGGGAAUACUAUUAGGACUUGAUGAAAUAGGAGAUGAAAAUGAACUUGAUUUUAAUUUUGAUAAAGAAAAUGAAAGUUUAAAUUUAGACUCCCUUGAAUAUACAACAUAUUUUAACGAAUUCAAAAAGAGAAUUAAAAAUUUAAAAAACAAUUUAUUAAACAGAGAAAAGGAUGUUGAAAUAUAUAAAAAAUCAUACGAAAUUGAAAAGAAAGAAAAGGAAAUUUACAAGAUCGAAUUAGAGAAAUUAAAUGAAUUAUUACAUGUAGAACAAAUGAAUAGGAAAAAUUUAGAUUUAGAAUUAGAGAAAUAUAAAAGUGAAGAUACUGAUAUUUUAAAAUCUUUAAGAGAAUCUGAAGAAUUAUUAAAUGAAAAAAAUAAUAAAAUAUUAGAAUUACAACAAAAAUUAAUUGAGACAUCUUAUGAUAUAAAUAUUAUGAUUGAUAAUAAUAAAAAUUUAAUAAAGGAAAAAGAUAAAGAUUAUGAACAGAAAAUUGAUAAUUUAAAUUCAAUUAUUAAUGAUUAUGAGAAAGAAAUAAAAGAAAUGAAUAAAGAAAAAUUAAAUCUUACUAGAAAAUCAAUUGAAAAAAUGAUUGGUGAUGGAGAAGAUAUUAAGAAAUUGAAAAUCGAUUUAGAUGAAGCACAGGAAAUAAUAUUAGAUUUAAAAAAAAAGAAUGAAGAAUUAAAUAAUAUAAAUAUUGAAUUAAUAAAUUCUAAUAAAGACAUGAGAUUAGAUAUUGAUGUAUUAUUAGUAAAUGUUAACAAUUUGAAUAAAAAGAACAUAUUAAAUGAAAAUAAAUUUAUUGAAGAUGAAAGAAAAUAUAAUGAAUUAAAAAUAGCAUAUGAACAAAAAAUAAAUGAGUUUAAUAAAUUAUAUAAUAUGGUUUCUAUAAAAAUGAAGAAAAAAUUUGAUUCAGAAAAUGAUAUGGAACAAGAUUACACAAAUGAAAAUAUUAAUAUGCAAAUAUCAAGAAAUAGUAUAAAUAAUAAAUAUGCUCUUAAUGAUUAUGAAAAUGAUACAGUAGUUGCCUUAAACGAAAAGAAUAUGAUAAUUGAUUCAUUGAAUGAAAAAAUUGCAUAUUAUGAAAAGGAAAAUUAUAAAAAGGAAGAACUCGUAAAUAAAUAUAAAAAUACGAUAGAUGAAUUAUCAAAGAAGAUACACAUUUUUGAAGAUAAUUUAGAUUUUUUAAUAAGUUUGAAUGAAUUUAUAAAAACGAAUAAUUUUACUUAUGAAAAUAUAUUAGAUAUAUUAAAUAAUUCAAUAUUAUAUAAAAAGUUAUUAAAUAAAAUAUUGGUUGAAAAUCAAUUUUAUAAAUAUAUUAUAUCUAUUAGAGAUUGGUUAUUUGAAAUUAUGAAAUCAAAAAGUUAUAGUAAUAGUAGUAGUAAUAAUAAUAAUAAAAAUAAUAUUAAUCGUAGUCAUCAUCAUCAUAAUAAUAAUAGUAAUACCAGAGAAUCUGUAUUACGAUUGAGUUUAAAGAAAAAAGGAAAUUUUAAAAGAACAGCAAGUGUAACAUCUAAUAUUUAUAAUGAUUUAUAUUUUAGUGAAAAUAUUUUAUUAGGUGAAAAGGAGAAUGAUGAAUUAACAAAUAGUUUUAAUAAAACAUUAAACGUUAUUGAUAAUGAUUUUAACAAUUUUGAAAAUAUAUGUAUUGAAUUAAAUAAUAUGUUUAGAGAAGAAGAUUGGAAUAAUAUAUUUAUAAAAGUAAAUAUAUUAGAAAAUCAAUUUACAAAUAUUAUAAAUCUAAUUAUACGUGAAAUGAAGAAUAUAAAUAAGAAAUUAAAUAAUAAUACUAAUGAAAAAUUUGAAUUAAAGAAAAGUGUAAAAAUAUUAAAAAAAAAAUUAAAUUCAAUAUCUACUGAUUUUCAGAAACGCACAGAAGAAGUAGAACAUUUAAAUGAUGCCUUAAGAAAAGAAUGUGCAGAAAAAGAUAUAUUAUUAAAUCAAUAUGAAGAUAUAAAAAAAACUUAUAAAAAAUUAAAUGAAGAAUAUAAUGAACAAAUUAUAUUAAUUAAAAAAAAUGAACAUGAAUUAAAAUCAUUAAAUGAUCAGUUAUUAUUAGAAAAAAAUGAAAAUCAAAUAAAAACAGAAAAAAUUAAUAAAUUAUUAAAUAAUGACUUGAACCAUUUCAAUACCUCUUUAGACAAAUCUGCAUAUCAAUUAACUGAAUUAAACAAUGAAAAGAAAAGAAAUAAUAUAUUAUUGAAUGAAUUAGAGGAAAAAGAAAAAAUCAUUUCAAAAUUACACAAGGACGUAGAAUCCAAUAUUGAUAUUAUUAUUGAGUUGAAAGAAUUUAACGAAUUGUUACUUAACAAAUUGAAAAAAGAAGGAUAUAAAAAGGAAAAAGACAACAGUGUGAAUGAUCAAAUUGGUGACCAUAAUUAUAAUAAUAUAAAUAUAAAUAAAAAUGAUAAUAGUAAUAUAAAUAAUAAUAAUAGUAAUAAUAUGAACUCUUUUAAUAAAUAUGAUAUAUCUAAUAAUGAAAACUUAGAAGAUACAAAUAGAAACGAAUUAAUAAUCAUAAUAAGCCAAUUAGAAAAUGAAAAUAAUAUCUUAAAAGAAGAAUUAGAAAUUAUAAGAAAUAAUUUCGAAAUGUUAAAGGAAAAAAAAAAUGAACUUGAAGAUAUUAUUAAUAGUAACGAUGUAAAAUUAAAUAAAAGAGAAAUCGAACUUAAUGGUAUCCUAAUUGAGAAAGAGAAAAUAUUAGAACAAACCAAUAAAUAUAAAAUUAAAUGUAUACAAAUUAUUGAUAUAUGUUUUAAUCAAGAUUUUAAUAUAAUAGAUAUUCGUGAAAAAAUUAUAACCAUAUUUAAGAAUGAUGACGAACAAAUUAUGGAUAUAAUUAAUUGUCACAAAAAUAUGUUAUCGAAUGGUAACAGUAAUAAUAAUAAGAAGAAUGAUAAAUUAAGCAUAUUACAGGAUGAAGAAUCUAGGAGUAAUAUUGAUGAAGAAAAACUGUUACACAUAGAAGAAAUGAGUAAAAAAAAUGAAGAAUUAAUUAAAAAAAAUGAAGAAAUAUGGAAAUUAAACAAAUUUAUAGAAAAUUUAAAUAAAGAAAUAACAAAUAAAAAUUUUAUUAUUAUUUCAAAUCAACAAGAUAUUGAAAAUAAAAAUGAUAUAUUAGAAAAAAAUGAAACAUAUAUUAAUUUCUUAAAAGAUCAAAUUAAAUUAUUAUGUAAUAAUAUAGAUGAAAAUAAUUUAUUUGAUAUAAAUAAUGUUAAUUUAUCUCCAACUCUUCGAAGCUUUAUUAAAAGAAAUAGUGUACGUCCAAAAAAUACAUAUGCUUCAAAUGAUAAUAAAGAAGAUCCAUUUUUUGAUGAUAUGAUAUAUAAUCAUAUGAAUAGUAUAAAUAAUAUAAUUAAUGAUCAAGAUUCACAAUUAAAAAAGAAAAUAAAUUUUGAACCUAAUAGUAAUAGCCAAGCACAUUAUAAUUUUUAUGAUGAAAAUGAAGUAAAACUAGAAGAAAUGAAAUUAAAAAUUGAAGAUUUAAAUGAUAAAUUAAAAACAUCUGAAAACGAAAUAAUGAUCUUAAAAAAUGAAAAUAAUGAAUUAAUAGAAAAAUGUGAAUUUUUAAAAAAUGAAUUAAAAAAUGUACAAGGAGCCAAAAGACAUUUAAUGUUAUGUGAGAGUAGAAUUAAUAUUUUAGAAAAAGAAUUAGAAGAUAAAAAAAAUAAAUUAGAAGCACAGAAUAAAACUGUUAAUGAAUGUGUUGAUAUGUAUGUUGAAGAAAAUUCAGAAAAUUAUAAUAAAAUUUUAGAAUUAAAAAAUUUAAAUGAGAAAUAUAAAAUCGAAAUUAAUGUUUUAAAUGAUGAAAUAACAAAACUAAAAAAUGAAAUCAAUACAUAUAAAAAUGAUUUAAAAAACAUUAAUGCUACACUAGAUUUUUAUAAAUCUACACAUGAUGAAUUAGUAAACGAAUAUAGUAAAGAAGAAACAAAUAAUGUAUAUUAUAUUAAAUUAUGUGAAGAAUUAAAACAAGAAAAUCAAAAUUUUAAACAACUUUUAGAUUCUCAUGAAGAAAAUAAAAAUGAACUUAUAAACAAUAUCAAACAAAUAAAAGAGCAGUUAAAUAAUUGUGUUAAAGAAAAUUAUGAAAUUAUUUUAGAUUUAGAAUUAUUGCAAAUGCAAAAUUAUUUAUUAAAAGAAAAUUGUAAUUAUUAUAAACAAAGGGAACAUAUUUUAAUAAAUAAUUUAGAUCAGAAUAAUAAUAUAAGCAAUUUCAAAAUUGAUGAAAAUCUUAAUGAAACAAAUUUAAAAGAAUUUAUAAAUAAAUUAAAUCAACAAAUUAAUAAUUUACAAGAGGAUAUAAAUAACAAAUCAGAAACUAUUAUAUCAUUGAAAUAUCAAAUUAAAGCAUUUCAUUAUGAAAAUAUAUCAAAAGAAAAUAAUCAACCAUUUAAUCAAAAUGAUAAUAAUACAAUUCAAGCAAUUCUAAAUCUCAAUAAUAUUACAUAUGUACAAAAUAAUUUGUUUAUAUAUAUUAGUUUAUUUAAAAGUAUUCUUUUUAUUAUAAGUGAAAUACUCUUCUUUAUUGAUCCAACCAAUAAUUUAUACUUUGAAAUAUUAACACUUUUAAAAUUAAAAAGUCAAAAUGAAUCCUACAUAGAAUUUGAUACUAUGAUAAAACAUGUGGAUAUUUCUCAACAUGAUUGUGAAAAUAUAUUUCAAUCUGUCCUUAAAUCAAAGACUAUAUUAAGAGAAAAAUUGCAACUAUUACAAUUAAAAAUUUGUUAA